AUGCGCUCCAAGAGAGCUGAGAGCGAUACUACUGUGCCUGAUGCUCCAAGCCUCCAACUAAAGCUGAGAAAUAUGCUAAAAGGUAUGCUGAUAUACUUGAUGACAUCAAGAAAGAUCCCGAUCCCGAAAGCCAUGGAGGAUGGAGGACCGCCUGAUUGUAUUCUUCUCGGCCGGAUUCGUGAACAGAUUAUCAGAGAAUUGGGGUUUGGAGACAUAUUCAAGAAAGUAAAAGUGAGUAUUGAAAUUUAUGCUAUAGGUUCUUGUUUUGCUAGAAACUGUUGUUUUAUAUGCGAUCUGCUAGAAUUCCAAAAUAUAACUUUCUAAUUUUGAUGAGUGAAAAUAUAUCACUUUGUAUAGACAAUACUGGUGAUUUUAUUUCCUUUUUUUAUUUUAUAAAAUGGUAGUUUUUCA